AUUGGUUCAAGUGAGUAAAAACUACCGAUCGGUGAUGAGAGCCUGUAUGGAGGACAUGCACCAGGCAGCCAUUUCAGCCCAGGACGCUGCCCUGCACAGCCAGUACAGCACUCAGGUUUCUAUCCUGUCUGCAAUGGAGCUGAUCUGGAACCUGUGUGAGAUCCUGUUUGUCGAAGCAGCUGCAGCUGGUCUCCUUCUGCUUCGCCUCCUGGACUGGGUUCAACUUCAUGUCUGUGACGUGGACAACAUGGUCCGUGAAGUUCUGAACAGUGAAAAUCCAUCGAAACACGAGCUCUUCUGGAACGUAGUGGAUGUCUUUGUGCUGCAAGGCCGAAUGGAUGAAGCGCGGCACCUGCUCUCCAAGGAAGCCAGUGCCAAUCCCACAUCAGUGAACAUGUGCAAAAUCUUGGAUGACUUGAUGAAGAAGAUGCCGGUGCCCAGUCUUGGCAACACCCAGACACUGACCGAGAUGGAGCUGAAAUGGCAGCACUGGCAUGAAGAGUGUCAGCGGUAUCUACAGGACGGAACGUUUGCUUCCAAUUCCCACAUGGAAUCCAUCUGCAAGAUCCUGCUGGGAGACGAGGACGCCAUUCUGGAGAAAAAGGAACUCAUGACUACUUGGUACCACUUUCUGGUUACCCGACUCCUGUAUUCCCAUCCAACUGUGAAGCCAAUGGAACUGCGGUUUUAUGCACAGUCUAGUAUGGACCUGUUCCUGGGUGGAGAAGGCAGCCCUGAGCCUCUAGACACGAUUUUAAUGGCAGCCUUUGAAUUUGAGAUGCAUCAAGUGAUCAAGGAAUGCAGCAUUGCCCUCAGCAACUGGUGGUUUGUGGCUCAUCUGACUGACCUGCUGGAUCACUGCAAACUCCUGCAAUCUCACAAUCUCUAUUUUGGUUCAAAUAUGCGUGAAUUCCUUCUGCUAGAGUACGCCUCAGGACUCUUCUCCCAUCACAGCCUGUGGCAGCUGGGGGUGGAUUACUUUGACCACUGUCCAGAAUAUGGCAGGGUGUAUCUGGAGCUCCACAUUGAGCGGAUACCUCUGAACACCGAGCAGAAGGCCCUCAAAGUGCUGAGGAUCUGUGAGCAGAGACAGAUGCACGAACAAGUUCGUAGCAUCUGUAAAAUCAUGGCCAUGAAAGCUCUGCGCAACAAUCGCUUGGGCUCCGCCCUGUCAUGGAGCAUCAGAGCCAAGGACGCGGCUUUUGCUACACUGAUAUCCGACCGAUUCCUUAAGGACUAUUGCGAAAGGGGAUGCUUCUCUGACUUAGACCUCAUUGAUAAUUUGGGACCAUCCAUGCUGCUUAGUGACCGGCUAACAUUUCUUGGUGAGNNCCGAGAAUUCCACCGGCUGUACGGGGAGAAGCGGUUCUCUGAGGCUGCCAAGUUGCUUUUGAUGUUGAUGACAGCUCACAUCGCUCCUUGCUCCUUCUGGAUGACCCUGCUGACGGAUGCCCUUCCCCUGCUGGAGCAGAAAGAGGUCAUAUUUUCAGCAGAGCAGACCUACGAGUUGAUGCGAUGCCUGGAAGACCUGACAGCAGGGAAGUUGGAUACACGGAAAUUCCAGGAUGAUGAUGUGGAGAGUAUGAAAGUGGAAAUGCUGAGACUUGCUCUUGCACGAAAUCUUGCACGAGUCAUUGUCAAAGAAGGCACGUUGGAAGGAUCUUGAAGAUGGCAGUAUGUGAUUUUACUUUUUCACUGUGGCUUACUGUACAUAAUUCUGACUGCUUUUCUAAGAAUAAAUGUCUUGUUUUGCA